CUCACUGCAAGAAGCUCCACUGAUGUGGCAGAAUAGAACGACAAAGUGUACCCAUGGGGUGGUGGUGUCACAGCCAAUGUGUCUGGGACCCUUGUGACUCCAAUAGCCAAUCAGUGCACUGACUGCUGCCAGUCUCUCACAAGAACUUAUGCCCUUGCCUUUGGGCAGCAGAUUUUUUCUGUUAUUUUGUGGAUUUUUCUCUUCAUUGGAUGAGGGUUUCAUUCCAAGUAUGAGUUCUAUGGAUAGUGAAGUUCCAGGUGGUAAUACUCUCUCUGUGUCACAAGAACAGUACUUCGAGGAUGUCAUCAGCCUUCAGGAAAAUGGCGGCAAAACAGCAGAUGUGGAUGAGGAGGAGGCUCCUGAGAACGGUGUGCUCGACUACUUGAGCCACCUUCAAUCCCAAAUCAGACAAGCACUGAAGUCUCUCCCAUGCCUAAUGACUGGAAAGCGUACAAGUGAGAGUGCUGGUGGUGCUCAGAAGAAAAGGAGACAGUCAAUUACUUUUGAGACGAAAAUGAAGAUAAUAAUGCAGUAUAAAAAUGGAAAACUAUAGCAACAAUUUCACCUGAUCGAGGCUUCUCAUACUCGACCAUAUCUACUAUUUUGAAGGACAAGGAACGUAUUCGUGAGGUAGUGAAAGGAUCAGCACCUAUAAAGGGAACUAUAAUAACGAAGAAAAGACAAGGUCC